ACACGUGGAUCCAUAAUUCACGAUGGAUACGUCAUGUUUCAAGAUUUUGGAACUAUAUAGUGGUAUAGGUGGAUUUCAUUUUGCCAUUAAAGACCUUUUUGAAGCCGAAAAAUGCAUCAGCUAUCAAGUAACAGCCAUUGAUAUCAAUACUUCAGCAAAUCAAGUUUAUCGAUUAAAUCACAAAGCCACAAAAAAUUGUAAACUCUUGGAACGUAAUAUUGAAUCGCUCACCAGCGAUGAUUUUGAUCAAAUGAAUCUUGAUCUAUUGACAAUGAGUCCACCCUGUCAACCAUUUUCGAGGUUAGGCAAUCAAUUGGAUCUUCAGGAUUCUCGUAGUUCUUCAUUUAAACACCUUAUGCAACUGUUUCCAAGUAUGCGAAGUAAGCCUCGAUUUUUAAUGUUGGAAAAUGUGAAAGGUUUCGAAACUUCAAAUGCUCACCAAUUGCUUAUUUCUACUUUACGAGAUUGUAAAUAUCAUAUCCGAGAAUUUCUCCUUUCACCUGAUCAAUUUGGUGUACCAAAUUCUCGUCUUAGAUAUUACUUGUUGGCCAAACAAGAGCCCGAAAAAUUUCUAGAUGAAGAAAAUAACGAAAUUUCAACUCAGAUUCCUUUGUUGCAAGAAAAUAAUUCCAUUUUCUAUGAUCUAAAUGUUGAAUAUAAGGAUAAAAUUCAGCUGAAAGAAUCCUUGCUCGAACAUUAUCUGGAAGAUGAUGAAAAUUUCAAUGUUCAAAAAUUCCAAUUAACUGAUGAACAGCUUCUACGUUAUCAUAUGAUAAUCGAUCUUGUCGAUAUCAAAAACCAUAUGAGCAGAACAAACUGUUUCACAAAAUCUUAUGGACAUCGUCUUGAAGGUUGUGGAUCCAUAUUAAAAACUUCUACAAAAUUUUCGAUUGAUGAAAUUUAUUCUGAUAUACAAAAAACUUCCGAUUCAGCUACUAUUCUUGAAUUAUUACGUAAAUUGAAACUAAGGCUUUUCACUCCAAAAGAAAUCGCAAAUCUUAUGUGUUUUCCUGAAUGUUUAGAAUUUCCUGAAGAUUUCAAUACUAAACAACGUUAUCGUUUGCUUGGCAAUUCUGUCAAUGUAUUCAUUUGUAAUUAUUUGUUAAAAAUCUUACUUGGCUCACUCGCAACAAUGAAACGCAAAAUUGAAUAAAUAGAAAAUUUUUUGCUUCAUUUUUUCUGCAUGUAAUUCGAAAUGAAUUUUUCUUUGCAAACCAAUGUAAAUGAUAGUGGUGGAUGGACAUCACAUUCGGAACUAACAUCACUAAACAAAUUUGAUAAUUCCAGACGUAUAAAAUUCGAACUGAUUUUAUUGUUUGUAUUGACCAUUUUCGCAUGUUUCCUAUUAUUCGUUUUUUGGUUAAAGGAUUCGAAUUUUCGUGAUCUGAAAGGAAAAAAACCAAACAAAAACGAGGAUCUUUUUAUGACUGGUAAACAAAUGGUGAAAUUAUCAUCCAUACUCGAUGAUCAUUUUAUAUCAUCAGUUGGUCGUUUACUUCCCAAACAAAAUUUGAAACAUCCUCAUGCCGUCGUAGUUGAUGAUGAUCAUUCUGUUUCUAAAAUAAAGUUAUGUGAUGAACAAUGCAAAAAAUUGACAAUUUCAUCACAGCAACUUGCAUUAAAAUCAACAAUGAAAAAUUUUCGUAAUAUCGAAGAUUUUACUACUUCAGAACUGGAAAAUAGUUAAUUGAAAUAAAAGUGAAUAAAUUCUUUUUUUAA